CUGCUGUUGCGGCAAUUAUCAAAGAAAUUUCUUUAACUUUUAAGUCUAAACGUGAUAUGUGAAUCGUACUAAACGUACAACUUAUUUCUUUAGACAUCCUUUCCAUAUUAUUCUAUCUACAACCGUGAUUGUUGUAUUGUGCUUAAAAAUACAAAAAUAUUAUAUUAUAAUGUGUGAGUUUGUGUGGUAUUCACCAUCAGUGUUUUAAUAACCACAAUUUUAAGUACCUAUGUAUUAUAAUUUAUAAUUUACAAGUAACUAUUGCAAUAACUUUCAAAACAAUGUUUAGACGAGCCUGUGGUUCUAUUUUAUCCGGUGUUCGCCUUAUGCGGGUACAAGUAGAGAAUGCUCCAAGUAAAACUACAGGGUCUAAUCUUUUAGGCUCUUUUAAUAAGAGCUUUAUUAAAUUUGAAACUAAUAGGUUCUACUCGUCCAUUUUAUCCUCCAACUUUAAAUCAGCAGAAGGAAUUAUGAACAAGAAUACACCUAUUGCUCAAUCUAAUAUAAUGAUUGAUUUCAACCUUCAACAAAAGAGGAAUCUAACAAAGUUCUCAUUACAAAAAGGGAAAAGGAAAACUGUUAAAACAGUCGUCGAUCGAUUUUAUCGCCUGGGAUGGGGUAUAUGGAUUCGAACUAAAUGUGGACGACAAAAGAAGAUGUGGAAAAAACCAGCUGCUAGAAAACGAAGAUUGAGACAACACGUAUUUUGUAAUGCCAAACAGUCUACGCUUUUAGAUAAAAUGACAACAAAAUAUUGGAAGAAAAGGAGGUUUUAUCCAGAUGAUCCAUAUGAACCUUACCACGAUAGAGAAGAAUAUCCAUAUACAAGAAAAACUCCAAUAUCUUAGUGUAAAACAAUUGUAAUAUCUUUAAAGUGUUUGAAAGAAAUAUAGAAUUAACAUAUGCACAUAUAAUA